GCACCUCCAUACGCAAGAUUCACGACCUGAAUAGGCAGCCAUUGACUACUUCAAAGGCAGCCGAGCCCCAGUUGGAAACAGCUUGAUUCGUCCCCGACCUCUACGCAAGCCUGGCUAGACCCGCGAUCAAGGUCAGAGUUGGCACGCCGCAGAUAUCCUCUCCAGCUUCAUCGCAUACAUCGCACACCGCCAUCAUGAACCCGGAGUACGACUACCUCUUCAAGCUCUUGCUCAUUGGCGAUUCCGGCACGGGCAAGAGUUGCUUGCUGCUUCGUUUUGCUGACGACACCUACACGGAAAGCUACAUCUCAACGAUUGGUGUCGACUUCAAGAUUCGCAGUCUCGAGUUCGAAGGCAAGACCAUCAAGCUGCAGAUUUGGGACACUGCAGGACAAGAGCGUUUCCGCACCAUUACUAGUAGCUACUACCGCGGCGCUCACGGUAUCAUUGUCGUCUACGAUGUCACAGAUCAGGACACCUUCGCAAAUGUCAAACAGUGGCUUUCGGAGAUCGACCGAUACGCUACUGAGGGUGUAAACAAGCUCAUGGUCGGAAACAAGAACGACUUGACAAGCAAAAAGGUGGUGGAGUACAACGUUGCCAAGGAGUUUGCCGAUCAACUCAACAUCCCUUUCCUCGAGACGAGUGCCAAGACAAGCGAGAACGUCGAGGCUUGCUUCUUGGCGAUGGCUAAGCAAAUCAAAGACAGAAUGGGAUCCACAACCGUCAACAAUGCGCCUGGCAAGUCAAACGUAAAGCUGGGAGCGGGACAGUCUGUUGGAGGAGAGCAAAAUGCUGGUGGUUGCUGCUAAUCCCCUCGACAUCGAGCGGCAAGGCUAGACUUGGCUUACCCUCUG